AUGAAGCAGGAUAGCUUCACCGGGAAGAACAGCAUUAAGCUGUUGUUUGGCGCGACUGGAAUAUACGCUAGUUUUCUAACCUGGGCCCUUGUACAGGAGCCUUUGACAACACGGGUAUGGCCGAAUAGCGGGUCAAAAUUUCAGGCACCAGGCCUUAUAGCUCUAGUCCAAGCUGCUGUGGCAACACUGGUAGGAAUGGCCUACAUGCGAUGGAAGCGCUCGGGAUAUGGAGCCGCGAGGCUGCUGAAAGAUUAUAGGAGGGAAUUGGCCCUUAUCUCCUUGAUGCAAACCACAUCCGCUCCAUUGGCUGCUUUCUCCCUCCAAUACGUCGACUAUUUGACUUAUAUGCUUGCGAAAUCCUGCAAAAUGCUUCCGGUUCUGUUGGUUCACUUGCUGAUUUACAGGACUCGGAUACCGCGGGGAAAGAAACUCGUUGCUCUGGUUGUGACUCUGGGCGUAACAACGUUCACUCUGGGCGGGUCGCAUGGUAACAAACUGAGCGGUGGCUCAUCUUCGAUGGCCGGUUUUGGGCUCUUGAUAUUGAGUUUGUUCCUCGACGGUAUGACAAAUGCGACGCAGGAUGAAAUGCUCAGAAAAAAUAGGGAAUAUCAGAAAGUGGCCAAGAACACUGCCAUCACCGGGGCUCAUCUAAUGUUCGCUCUGAAUUUCUUCAUGGUGUUGUACAACUCAAUCUACUUGCUAGUGCUCGAUAACGCUCAGCUGCGAGAGGCAAAAAUUUUACUGACUGCGGAUCCAGAGAUUCUCCGUUAUUUGGUCACGUACGCUAUAUGUGGUGCCAUUGGCCAGUGUUUUAUCUUCUUCACUCUAGAGGAAUAUGGCUCUCUAGUCCUUGUGAUGAUCACCGUAACUAGAAAGAUGAUCUCAAUGCUUCUGAGCAUAGCUGUAUUUGGCAAACGAGUUAGCGCCGUACAAUGGCUAGGAAUAAUCACUGUCUUUGGCGGCAUAUCUUGGGAAGCGCUCUCGAAGAGAAAGAAAUCGCAAAAGAAGAGCCAGUAG